AUGGCUACAGCGCACAUGGCCGUCAGGACUGACACCUUCCCGCACUCUACCUCCCUCUCUCACAGUCAUCAGUCAAUGGGCGCUCGCAUCAUCCCCAUUCCAACUCCGACGAUCAAGAUGUCUCCUCCCAGUAACGGCGAUCCAAUGGAGAUAACCUCACCCGCGCCAUCUUCUAACGGUAACCACAACUCCGACUCCGAAGCCAACGGCAACGGCAAACCAAACGACCGGCCCAAGAACUCUCCUGCGCCCGAUACCAACAAUGUCACGAACAACAGUACCAACAACUCCAAUAGCAUGCCUGCGCCCCCGCCAGCGGCCGCUGCUGUACACCAGCCCAAAAUUGUUCAGACAGCCUUUAUUCACAAGCUCUACAACAUGCUGGAAGACCCAAACAUUCAACAUCUGAUCUCCUGGUCAGCGAGCGCUGAAAGUUUCGUUAUGUCGCCCUCAGCCGACUUCUCAAAAGUCCUAUCGCAAUACUUUAAGCACACCAACAUAUCUUCAUUUGUGAGACAGCUCAACAUGUACGGCUUUCAUAAGGAACGCGACGUUUUCCACACGGGAAACCCUGACACGACACUAUGGGAAUUCAAGCAUGGCAACGGCAACUUCAAGCGCGGUGAUCUCGUAGGUUUACGUGAGAUCAAGCGUCGAGCUAGCAGACAUGCCCUUGUACACCGCGAAAGCAAUUAUACGAAACCUGCGACAUCGCAACCGGGCACUCCGGCCGAGCCCGUUCCUCUUCCACCAGACAGUGCCGACGCCCGAUUGCUCAACAUUGAGCAUACACUGUUUGAUUUGAGCAAUCGUCUGCAAAGAAGCGAAGAGGCAGCUCACUAUAUGCAUGUCAAGAACCAAGCGACCAUGGAAACCAUGAACCGACUGCUUCAUUUUAACCAAGAGCUCUCCAGGACUAUGUUAUCCCUUGUUCCUGCAGAGAGCCCAAUCUCCCGCGAUGUGAUUACUUUACAGGGAGAGAUCCAAAGGCAGGUUGAUGUCCUCAGAACGAUCGACGAGCCACCGCAAGAGCCUCCCUAUACUGGUCGGCAGCAAUACUUUGCUGGGGUUGAGAAUGCUCCAGUAUCCCCGAGACAGCUGGCUCAAGAUGACCAGCGACGGGGUCCCACCUUGGGCGUUCCUUCAGCGCGCAGUCAGAACUUCUACAAACCGCCAGUGCCCUCAAACUUGUCAACCAGUACCAGAAGACCGUAUGGUUCUAUCAGUGGCAGUAGCACCACCCAGUCGUCUCCAUUGCGCACAGGUCCUCCACCUCCGCCUCCCGCUCCUCAUCCUCUGUCCAACGUCGAGACUGUUCCUGGCCCUGGAAGCUUAGCACGCCGCCACACGGCCGCCGAUAUUCGUGCUCACGGCUGGCAACCGACGCCUUCUCCCUUCAGUUCCGGCGCACCAUCCGGUGCAUGGCCGCCCUCACCCAGCAGAGUGGCCCCAGAGGAGCAGCGUAUCCGGGACUCCCUGUCGACAUACUCGCUACAAAAUGCAUCUCAAGUACAUCCCCAUUCACGACCAACUACUCCUCCACCACCAUUCGCGAACGGAAUUGGUGGAGGUUCAGAUACUUUUGGGGGAUGGUCAUGGGGUUCUGCUGGCCGUGAGAACAAGAAUCUUUCUGUAAAAGAUCACUCGGCCCCGGCAACUCGACGUGGAAGUAUGGCGCAUAUCUUGAACCCCAGCGAUACCGCCGAGCGAUCAGACGAAGACGAGGACCCUAGAGGGGACGACGACAGAAAGCGAAAGCGAAUGCAAUAA